AUGAAAAAAAAGUUGAUUCCUACUAGAACAGUGACCGCUUGGAGAAUUUGUGUGGAUCACCGGAAACUUAAUGAUGCCAUCCGGAAAGAUCACUACCCCGUUCCCUUCAUUGAUAAGAUGCUUGACCGACUAGCAGGGCAAGAGUACUAUUGUUUCUUAGAUGGGUAUUCCGGUUACAACCAGAUCUUGAUUGCCCCGGAGGAUCAGAUGAUUUGUCCAUCUUUGGGAAGUCUUUUGAGAAAGGGGAUAGUGUUGGGUCACAAGGUGUGGAAGUUGGGAUUAGAGGUUGAUAAGGCCAAGGUAGAAGUUAUUGAGAAAUUACCCCCUCCCAUUUCUAUAAAAGGGGUGCGUAGUUUUCUUGAUCAUGCAGGUUUUUACGGGCGAUUCAUUAAGGAUUUUUCCAAGAUUGCAAAACCUAUGUGCAGUCUUUUGGAGAAGGAGGUGAAGUUUGACUUUGAUGAGAUGUGUUUGAAAGCUUUUGAGAUGUUGAAGAUGACCUUAAUUGAGGCUCCCAUCUUAAUUGCUCCUGAUUGGGAACUACCAUUUGAACUCAUGUGUGAUACAAGCGACGUAGCAGUGGGUGCAGUGUUGAGACAACAAAAGAAUAAACUGUUCCACUCGAUCUAUUAUGCAAGCAAGACCCUAGAUUCUGCGCAAGCUAAUUACACAGUGACUGAGAAAGAGAUGCUAGCUCUAGUGUUCGCCUUUGACAAGUUCAGAUUGUAUUUGAUUAAAGAUAGGAAUGGUAUUGAAAAUCAAAUAGCUGAUCACUUGUCUAGGUUGGAAGAUUUUUCCCAUGUGAAUGAAGGUGAGCACAUCCGGGAAGAAUUUUCGGAUGAACAAUUGAUGGCAUUAGAUAUCUCUCAAGUGCCAUGGUAUGCAGACAUUGUGCAUUUGACAGUAAAUGGAGAUUAUCCUCCGGGUGUAACCACCCAACAAAAGAAAAAGCUCAAUCAUAAUGCUAAGUUCUACAUCUGGGAUGAACCGUUCUUGUUCAAGCAAGACGUGGACCAGGUAGUGAGAAGAUGCAUUCCGGAGGUUGUGAUAAAUACCAAAGGCUGGGCACUAUUUGAUGUGUGGGGUAUUGACUUCAUGGGUCCCUUCCCACCAUCUAGUGGAAACCAAUACAUUCUUGUGACUAUGGAUUAUGUGAGUAAAUGGGUUGAGGGUGUCGCUCUUCUUUCGAAUGAUUCAAGGGUGGUGAUAAAGUUCAUCAAGAAGCACAUCUUCACUCAGUUUGGCAGUCCAAGGGCAAUCAUAAGUGAUGGAGAAUUAGAACACCACGCUUAUUGGGAAAUUAAGAGGUUGAACUUGGACCCCGAGCUGGCCAGUAGAAAGAGAGUGAAUCAACUGCAUGAACUUGAUGAGUUUAGGAUCCACACGUAUGAGAAUCCUAAGCUUUACAAAGAAAAGAUGAAGAGGUGGCAUAACAAGCACAUAGUUACUUGUACUUUUACUCUGGGAGAAAAUGUACUACUCUUUAACUCUAGAUUGAGGUUAUUCGCCAAAAAACUAAGGUCUAAAUGGAGUGGUCCUUUAGAAGUGGUAAGAAUGACACAACAUGGGGCUUUUGAACAUAAAGGUGAGACUGACCCUACGUUCUUGGUAAAUAGGCAAAGAGUGAAACACUACUUUGGUGUGGAUUCAGAUCGUGAUCGGGAGGCUCUUGAGCUAAAUGAUGAAUGA